AUGGCGGUUCUGAACCCUCGACCGGGGCAGCCAGCCGGUAAGCCGCAAGACGACGAAGCCCGUCAGCGGCAGGCAUUGGCGGCGCUCUGUGUCCGUGGCCAGGUGGACCAGGUGUUGGAGUUCCUGAAGAGCCCGGAGGCUGUGCACAUCGCCUCUGGCGAGUUGGAUGCCGCCGGAGACUCCGCAUUGCACCUGGCAGUGCUUGGGGGACAUCUGGUGUUCACGCGGGAGUUGCUGGCUGCAUCGUGCGAGGUGCACGCCCGCGAUGGCCGUGGGCGAUCUCCUUUGCACGUGGCGGCCAUGGAGGGAAGCCCCGAGUUGGCUUUGGAGCUCCUGGCGGCCGGAGCCGAUGCCAACGGCUUGGACGACUGGAACCAAACAGCUCUCCACUGGGCUUCAAUGGCACAUUCAGCAGACUUGGUUUCAGUCCUGCUGGAUGGAGGUGCUGAUCCGCUGCUUCGAGACAGUUUUGGCAGAACGGCUGCGCUCAUGGCUGCAGAGCAGGGCAAGAUGGAGCUUUUGGCCCGCUUGCUCGACAAGGAACCCAGCUGUGCCACGAUCCCGAACAACGAGUACUGGAGCCCGCUGCAUGUGGCAGCUUUCGGCCUACAAAGCGUCAAGAACUUCACAAAGCCUCUGAAGUUUUUGGAGACCGUGAAGAUGCUGCUGGCCGCCAAGGCUGAAGUUGAUGCGAAGGAUGAGAAUUGCCGCACUGCCUUGCACAGAGCUGCUCAAGCAGGAAACAGCGAGCCGCUUCAAGCACUGCUUGCAGCUGGUGCAAGCGUGUCCAGUGCAGAUGAAUGCAGAUGGACACCCAUGCACUAUGCGAGCCAGGAGGGCCACCUGCAGAUUGCAAAGCUCCUGCUAGAUGCAAAGGCAGAUGCAGAGCCCAAGAACCCAACAUGCUUGACACCACUGGCCGUUGCAACGGAAGGGAACCAGGUGAAGAUGGUUGAGUUUUUGCUCAAGCACGGCGCAGAUCCGCAUGCCAGGGCAAAGGGCUUACAUUCGCCUCUGAUGAUGGCUCGGAGCGACCCGAAGAAGUAUGCUGAUAUACUUGCGCUCCUUGAGCUCGGCUUCAUCAACCACUAG